AUAUGGCGGUCGAGAACACGUGUUGGAUACAUGGUACAGAAUAACCUCAUGCUUAAUCCACGUAGUGGUUGAAUGGAGUGGAAAUUUUCUUUAGAAACAUUGAGUUAAGAUGGGAAUCCAGGGAUUACAGGAGUAUGUGGAAGCAAACUGCCCCACAGCUUGCCAGCAGGUCGAUCUGAAAGCUGUUCUUUAUGGGAAAAAAGUGAACAACACGGACAAGGCUCCGGUUCUGCUCGUCGACGCAAGGAGCUGUUUAAAACAUCUUUAUGGGCCCACUAUAGAUUGGGUUUGUGGAGGACAGUGGAAUGAAAUGUUGCGAAAUGUAGAAAACUUCACAAGAUCAUUUCGCCAACAGAAUAUCGAAAUUGUAAUUUACUUUGACGGCGAAGGCGAAUCAUCAAAGUUACAUCAAUGGAUCAAAAAUCAAAACGAAAAAAGACAGUUAACAAGGCAAAUCCUUAAUCAUGUCAUGAAAUUUAGUUGUUAUCCUGGAAAAAGACUAUAUUUUCCGCCACCCGUUGUGGACACGUGCCUUCGACUUGCAUUCCUCAGCUGUGGUGUCUCAGUGUGUACGUCUAUGGACGAUCUCCACAAAGAGAUGGCGACUUAUUGCCAAGGGGAGGAUUUCGCGGGUGUGAUCGGCCAUCAUGCAGAUUUUCUUCUCUUUGACGUUCCGAAUUAUUUUUCCGCCGAUCACAUAAAAUUUUCCAAGAAAGACAUUACUACGAUGCGAUUCAACCGGGAAGCAGUCCUGAACGAACUGAAACUGCACCACGAUCGUCUAGGAUUGUUCGCUAGUUUGCUAGGUACGCCUUUUAUUCCAGAAGACAACCUUGGUUCAUUCUACUGGAAUCUUUUAGGUCCGGAUCAUCCCUUAGCAAAAGUACAGGUGAAGGAAAAGCAUCAGCCCAUCUUCCCAGCAAAUGACAUCAUUAUCUCAAGUGUUAUUAAUUUUGUAAGGAAUCUAGCAGAUGUGUCAAACCUGCCAUGGAUUGCGCGUCAAGUCUUCCGAUCAGAGAACGUUGACCUGGCAGAAAUCGCUGAAAAACUCAAGAAAGCUGUAGAACAUUAUUCAAGCUCCCAAAGUGUUGAAACUGUGGUGCAGUCUUCUGAUAUCGGCCCAGGCCGAAAACAAAAUGAACAUCAGUAUCAAAAGAUGUGGCAACACUGGCAACAGCACCAAUUUGUUCCAAAACCUGUUACUCCACCACAAAAAAACACAGCAGUUGUUCUACCACAAAGUAAUGACAGCACAAAGCAAAUUCCAAAUAUCACAGAUCUACAGCAGAGUUUAUCUGCACUUCAAGUUCAAGACUCCCCAGAAGCAUCUGUCAUGCAUUCAUUGCCAUUAUCGCCCCCAGGGGACCCCCAAGACUUGCAAGGUACUAUACCACCUCUUUCACCUCAUCAAGAAGGCUCCUUACUCACCCAUCCCCCAGUAUCGCCAUCAUCAGUGCUCCCCACCCCACCAUCCUCAUCAGAAACAUCACCAAUGGUGUGCAAAACUGGUAAAGGAGCUGCUGAUCAUUCAUCCUCUGCUGAAAACAUGAAAGAAAAAGAAAAAGAGCCCACAGUUAAAGGAGCUGUCCCAGGUAUGUCGCAACGUGUACUAGAUGUCACGUUACAGCUUCUUCAAAAUGGGAGAAUGGUAGAAACAGUGUACCAUGUUCUUACAAAAGCAGAAAUCACAGUUGACACAACUAUUGAAGAGGAGCAGUUGCCAGAAAGAAUCCCCUCAGCUCUGCUUUUCCGUAAAGUGCGUCAGAGGGUUUAUGGAAUCCUUUUUGACUUAGCCUCCAAGAAGAAGGAUGGUGGAGUUGAUAUGAGCUCCUUAGCAGUCAAGGAAUGGUGUGUCUAUGGUUACAGGAGGUUAGAUGAUCCUGAUAUCGUGGAGCCACUAGCACUUGACUGGGAUGUGCCACCUGUUGAAAGACUCUGGUUCAGCAAGGGAGCAGCUGCAGACAACAACAGGCUCAAGGCUUUCUUGUCAUGUUUGAUGAGUGACACGCCUAGUAUGACCCAGACUGUAAUUGUACCCAAGAGAUUAGUGAUCCUUUGCUGUGUUUUAAGGUAUCUCAUGUCACAUGGCCGUUUGGUGUUGUCAGCACGGGAGCUUGAUGCUUUCCUCGCCCAAUCUCUGUCUCCUCAUUUAACAACAGAGUGCAAUGCUUCGAACUUAAGAGAAAUCAAGCUCCAGCGCGUAGAUGCACGUGCAGUGCAGCUUGCCUCCAUUUUUAUGCGCGGUGUUCAAGCUGCCAUUUUCGCCAAUGAUGCUUGUGCUGUGCCUAUCCCAUGGGAACUUGUUUGUCCAUGGAAUUACUUUGAUGGAAAACUUUUCCACAGCAAAUAUCUAAUGGUGACAGAAAAUGCCUCACUUCUUGAGCUGUGUGAUGGAAAGAGUGGACGAGUAGAAAAGCUUCAGAGAAUGAGAUGGUGCAUCACGGAAGGUUUACCUCAAGACUUUAGUCUCAACCCUGGUCUGCCAUCUGCUGGAUUGUUACCACAUUUUCCAGGUCAUCGCGGUGAUGGCUUGCUCCCCACACCAGUGCCUUUUGCUUUUGGCCCCGUACCGCCUGCACUUCAAAGUGUCCCGGUGCCAAACUUCUUUCCAGCUGGAGCCAAUAUCCCACAUCACAUGCAAGCGAUGGGCACAAACUUGAGGCGUGGACGUGGCCCUAACAGUAGGCAGCCCGUAUCUGGAUUGGGAGGCCAGCUAGAAGUGGCCGGUGUUCCUAUUGCUCGCUGGUCAGGUAACAAAGCAGGGCGUGGCUACAAUGACAAGGAUCGGAUCGUGGUUGGAGGUCCAUCCAGUGUGGAGAUGGGCAAACUUGGCAGACGUGGGCGUGGCAGUCUUUGGAGUGCCCGUGGUAAACGCGGCGGAGGUGCUGGUACCCGAAAUGUGACUUGGGCGGCGGAAGUUGAUAAAGAAUACGACAGAAGCAUUGGAUAUGUGGAACAACCAACAAAACCGAAGAAGGCGACAAAUAUUAGUCAGGUUCGAGAGGGAGGGGAUGGUGGAAACGACAUUCCCAUCAUGAAUCGUGGACGUGGUGACGGCGGAAAUGACUUAGAGGCGCUCAGUGCGGAUGGAUUAGCGACAGGACUUCCCAUGCACGGAGCAUUGCAUCCACAUAAUCUUCCUGGACAGAUACCUGGCAUGCCUCAGUCCCCACAGAUGCAGUUUAACGGGCAACCAUACAGUUCACACUCACCAGAGAUGACAGGUCUACCAGUAGGACCAGGUCUCGACAAAGCACCAGGUGGUCAGGUUCCCCCAAUUAUCCUGGCCAAACCUGGCGACAUCCCUGCAAGCUUAGGGAGGGGAAGAGGAGUGAGCGCAGGAAUGGCUGGAGAAAUGCCUCCAUUUAAUGCGCAAUCAGAAAUUGUUGAAUCUGGUGGAAAAGGAAGAGGUUGGUGGUGGGACAAGCAGCAACAACAACAGCAGCAGCCGCAGCAGCAGCAGCAGCCACCCCCUUGAAUUAACAAUCAUCACACAGUUCGCCAAUCUCAUAUCAUGCUCGACUGAGACAAAACCCUCUUUAGUGACGAUGUUUUCCUGCCAGUCUACUGCCUGUAUUGGUUGUAAGAAGAAAGGCUUUGAAGUUAUGAUAACUCGUAUCUCUCUAAUGCUGCAUUUAUUCUAAGGUGAAAUCAGGGGUUUUUACAGGUGCAGGUUACUGGGGGUUUACUUCCACCUCUUCGACCUCCUACCGCUGUCUGUUUAGCCUGGAAGAAGGCUCUCGUGUUUGGGUUUCGCCUUAACCCUUUAACUCCCAUGAGUGACUAAGACAAAAUUUCUCCGUACAAUAUCAAUACAAUUUCAACCAGAUAAGUAGUGAGAGUAAAGAAAAUUAUCGAUUUGGGGAUAAUUAGUUGGUCCAAUACUUAAUUCUAUGAUCUAACAUUGUAUGGUUGGCGGUAUGGAGAAUUACAAAUUUGAUCUGGGAGUUAAGAGGUUAAGGCCCCCUUUACAGGGCACAGCUGCCCAUCACACCAUUGGCAGGUGGAGAAAAGCAUUGAAACCCCUUUAAAAUACGAAUUGGAUGAAAAUUCCAUGAAAUAUGCAAUACUUAUUAACAGCAGGCAUUUUCUCAUCGCUCCACGCUUUGUUUACGUUUUUUCCAAGUUGAAUUUUUACACAGUUUUCCUUUCCAUGAUCAGAGAAGAGAAUAUUAAACAUUUAAUUGAUAUUCUGUAGAUUUAUCUUGUCAUCGGUAAGCAUUUCAAUGUUUAUAAUUAUUUUGGUCUGACAAUCUUUUUCGCAUCAAGAAUGAUGGAAAACGGUAAGUGGUUGGUGCGGAAAAGAACGACAAUCGGCCAGCCGACCCUCAUGUCAAACGUAGGCAAGUUUUGAAACGAUUUGUUGUGGUUCUUAUGGUUUCCCUUUAAUGAGAAUUUGUAGAUGAAAUAGAAAUUUUUCCUUCUAAGUAGGUUUAAAAAGCACGUUUCAUUUUUGCGACAAAUGAAAAAGAUGCCUCUUAGUUUGUUAAAUGCAACUAAAACUGGUUAGAAUGUGGAAACCAGGGAAGGGGUGGGCGGGUCGGUUUGUCAAGGGAAUUGCAGAAACUGCAUAAAAAGAGAAAGAAAAGCCGCAAGUUUAUAUUCAAUUGUUAAAGAAAUUUAUGUGCUACCAACUUCGCAAGGGUUUUGAUGUUAACUUAACAACUGGAUUAAAAUUAAAUUUUUUUAUCAA